UGAUCAUUCUUGACUCACGCCAGUUUCAAACGCAACGCUCUCUCUAAAAUCUCACUCCCCCCUCUCUUUAAUAAUCACCAUCAUCAUCUUACAACUCAAACCAUUAUCACCUUACCUUUCAAAAAAGGAGCAAGAAAGUUUUAGAGGAUUCCUACUGAUUUUCUUUCCUUAUAAACUCUCUUCCGUCCUUUAAAGUUACCAUUCAAUUCCUUUUUUAAUCCCAGGCUUUGUUAUCCGUGUGGGACUGUGGUGUGUUUUCCUUUUAUCAUCCCAUCUUUUAAUGUUUUUGGUUCUUUCUGUCAGGUUGUGUUCUGAAUCAUCGUGUUUUUGGCUUCUCUUUGACGGUUUCAUUGCUCUUCUCAUCUUUUAAGGGUGCUACUUUUGGUGUCACUCUCAAAGCAAUCCUCCUUUACCUUCAUUGGACCUCUCGCUCCGAUUCUUUUUGCGUUCCUUUGUAAUUUCGCCCUCUUUUCUGGUGUUUUGAGUGAUAGAACAAGCAGAAACAGUGAAGAUAGCUCAUCAAAAGAAACAGAGCUUCUUCUAUGGAUUACGAUAUGCUCUGUCCGAUCAAAUACACCGAGCAUCGAAACGUUAUCAGGAAAACCACUAAACCCUCCCCUGUAAAAUCCAAGAAAUUCCCAGAAGCCCAAAAAUCCUCCCAAUACAAUCACUCUGUUCCGAGGACUGUUCGGAUUUCUGUUACAGACCCAGACGCAACGGACUCUUCCAGCGACGAAGAAGACGAGCUUUUCGGACGCCGACGGAUCAAAAAGUACAUCAACGAAAUCAGUAUUGAAACCGCCAUCAAGUGUGAAGUCACCAUGCCUAACAGUAGCAAGGCGGCGAAGAAAAGAGUACCUGACGCUCUUCAGCCCAAACAGAAACCAAUGAAAGCCCAACCCCCACAAUCUGCUGGCACUGUAAGGAAGUUCCGUGGCGUACGUCAAAGGCCAUGGGGUAAAUGGGCUGCUGAGAUCAGAGACCCGGUUCGUCGUGUCAGGCUUUGGUUAGGCACUUACGACACUGCUGAAGAAGCUGCUAUGGUUUAUGACAACGCUGCCAUUAAGAUUCGUGGGCCCGACGCCUUAACAAACUUUAUCAGUCCUCCCAAGCCCGAACCGGAGAUCAGUGUUCCUUCCAACUCUGGCUAUGAAUCAGGCAACGACUCCCGUAAUAUUCCUUCUCCAACGUCUGUUUUCCGGUUUAGAAUGAGCCAGUCAAGUGAAGGAACAGAUCAGCAAAGCCCGUCUGAACCGACUUCAGCAACUGUUCCUGAAGAGUGUCUGUCGGUCCAAGGACCGAUGGAAUGUGAAGCUGAACCGUUGAAUUUAACGGUUCGGCAACAGCCCCUGGAGGAGUGUCAGGGGGAGACUAGCGUGAUACCAGAUUACUCAAAUGAUUACUUGCCAACAGAUGUUCCCUUCUUAGAAGAUUUCUUCAAUUUCAAUGCAGCAGAACAGACGUUAUUUGAGGACACAACAGCAGCAGCAACAACAACAAGAAGUUAUCCCAAUGAUUUUGGUUCAUCGUACUAUGACACAUUUUCAUCGGAUUUCGCGAAUGAUUUCCUACUUAACGAUGAUGAUUUUGCCGAAUUUGAUGAUUCGUUUCAAGACUUGGCUACAUUAGGAGUAGAUGAUUAUUUCCAAGAUAUUGGUGAUUUUUCCAGUGUUGAUUCUCUAUUGGCAAUUUAAGUCACUUCUAUGAAUGACCAAUUUUUUUACUGUCACUGUCCCGGCUUGCCACUGUUUAGUGGCAAAUUUUGUCUUCCGGCGACAGCAAGAAAUCGGCUAGAGUUUUGUUCUUUUUUACUUUUUAUUUUUCUGAGUAUAUUAGUAGUAUUUAUUAUUAGUAUAAUUUAUUUGUUUUAGAAUGUCCGUGAAAGUGAACGGAGUGAAGAGUGGAGUUUUAUUGUAGUUUUAGUUUAUAAUUUUAUUCAAUAAGUAGAGAUGGCUUUGGAAAGAGUUGUAUCGUAAGUCUCUGUGGAUGCUUUAAUGGGAAUCUUAUAAUCUUCACUGAAAUUUCAGUUGUUCCUCAUUCAAAAA